CGACAUCAGUGACUUGCAUACAUACAAUAUGCCGGAGCAGCAAUCGCGUCAACGUCGCCGCAAAGUGACAUUGGCAUGUGACCCUUGUCGGGAACGCAAGUCUCGCUGCGACGGGAUCAAGCCGAUCUGCUCCACAUGUCGACGUCGGGCGCUGGGAAUUGAACAGUGCGUCUACAGGGCGGGGAAUGCCCGUACAGAAUGCAGCGACGAUUACACAAGAGCUCUCCACGAUCGGAUCCGCUAUCUGGAGCGUCAGCUGGAAGAAGCUUCAGCGUUGAAUGGCCCAAUCCCAGGCGCUAUUCCAGAUGGAGCCAGCAAUAGACGAGCAUGGCCAGAAAGCACAUCAGACACAGAGAGCCAAGUUGAGUUGGAUGCUCUCGUCAUGGGCAUAUCUCAUGCCCAAAUACUCACCCCGUUGUCAUCCGUUGCAACGGAAAGCAUUGAGAAUUCCAGCCAUGCAAGACGCGUCACCGCCAUGGGCACAACCACGUCCGAGGAGGACCUUGGACAUUAUCGUGACGCACGCGAGGGUUUCUACGGUUCUUCUUCGGCUGCUUCAUUCUUGAAGGAGACUUGUGGAACAGCAAUACCCUCCUCAAAUCACCAGGCGAACCCUCAAACUUGUACUUCACAGCCUACACCUCUUUUUGGCGAUGUCGACAAGUUUGCUCUUCCUCCACGCCGCCUCGCAGAUCACCUUGUAGAGAGAUACUUCGAGCGCAUCUACUGGAUCUACCCCGUGUUUGAUAAGCAAGCUUUUGAGCAUGGCUACAACUCGCUUUGGUUGCCGAGCGGGCAAACUGCAUGUCCAGGCGAGUACCGGAACCUAGGGUUAGGUGAAGAUGCCACCACUGUUGCUUUUUUCUCUUCUCUGAACGCUAUCUUUGCGUUAGGGUGCAUCUUCUCAAACCUUUCCACGGCAGCCAAGACGAAGGCUUAUGAAGUCUUCUUCAGCCGAGCCAAGGAUAAGGUUAACCUUGAACUCCUGGACAUAAAUGAUCUGAGCGUAGUGCAGACUCUUGUGCUGGUUGCUUUGGUCCUUCAAGGUACUUCAUUCCCAGAUCGCUGCUGGAAUACUACAGGGUUAGCUUGUCGAGUGGCGCAGGGUUUGGGCCUGCAUAGUUUACCGCCGUAUAACCAGCAAGAGUCGCGAGUACAGCGCAUCAGACGGCGGACAUGGCACGGCUGUAUUGUGCUAGAUACGCUGGUUAGCAUGACUUUCGGUCGACCGACGAUGAUCACCAAUAUCUCUACCCUUGUUUUGCCAGAAAGGACUGUCCAUAACUUUCAAAACACAGAGGAUAUUGAGCAGGUCAAAUUGCAGUUUCAGAUCGAGACCGUUCGUCUGAGCAUCAUUCUAGAUAGUAUGCUGUCAACAGUGUACAGGCCUUGGCAAUACAAACUGCCUCACGACGAUCAUGGUGCUGUUUCUCACACAGAUAGCAAUGGUCAGAGCAUGGACGUCUUUGCCGAGCUACAAGGGAAGCUUCGGGUUUUCGAGCUUGGACUCCCAAGCUUUCUCUCCUGGCAUGAACCUAUAGCUAGAGAGACAAUUCCACCACACGAGUUUACGGUUCUCGCUAUUCAAAGAAAUGUGUUGCAGUCACGCUUUACUUAUCUACAGGUGAUGCUGUACCGCCCAAUUUUAAGUCAGCUCCUAGCUCUGAAUACUUCUCGGGACGCCAGUGAUGACUUACACUCAUCCUUCAAGCAUGAUGGCGCUAGAGCAUGUGUACGCUCUUCAAUCCAGCUCAUCAAUCUCGUGCACGGAACCUUUCGUACAGAAACCGCCGAAGCAUGGUGGUGGAACAGCUUAUAUACUUGCACGGCCAGCCUAGUGCUUAUGACAUGCCGUCUCUGUCCCUCCUUAUGGGCCACACUGGAUCAAUCGAGCGUAAUUGAGGCAUCGAACAAAUGCCACUCAGUCUUGGAGGUCAUCUCUUCGUUCAGCUUGUCCAUUCGCAAAUCCUUCAAUCUACUUACCAAGAUGCACCAAACUAUUACAGGAAGGCAACAAGUGGAAGACGAAUCGACCGCAUACUCGCAAGAAAACCAAAGGCAUGGGCUGCUGGAUAUACUCUUGGAAGGUGAUUUAUCUCUGCAGAACGCUUUGACAACAUGUUUCCCCCUUGAUCCUGAUGCGAUCGUCUUUCCAUAUUGGGAGGCAGCGAACUUGGGGGGAUAGCUGAAGAGAAGUAGACUUCUCGGUUCAUUCUACACAUCGCUGGCUUCGUUAUUUGUGCAUCCGUGGUUAAUCACUUUCUCCAAGCGUCCAUGAUAGCAACAUUGAGAACUAUAUUUGUAUGCAGAACCAACCCUAGCGCCUAUUACAUAACAAGCAACGUAUUCAAGGUACU